AGAGGGAAGCAGAGUGAGCAAAAAAAAUCAUGGGAGGAGGGAAUGAGUGAGAAUUGAGGAGGGAGGAGAGAGAAAAGGGGGGGGGUAGAGGCAGUGAAUGAGUAAAGCACACAGAAUAGAACAGAAAGGGGGAUGAACGAUGCACACACAUGCACAGAUGAAGGAGAAGAACUGACAGGACAGAAAGAGAGAGAGAGAGCGGAGGAGGACGCAGAGUGAGAGCAGGAGAGAAAGCGAGGGAGAGAAAGAGAGAGACAGCUACUGAGAGCAUAAGACUGCAACACUGAGAGACAGCUGAGAAAAGAAGAAUGACAGAACGAUAGAGACGAAGAGAAACAGAGAGAAAGGAAUGGACAGAUGUAUGGUCAGUAGACAGAGAAAAAGAGGAGGAUUGUGAAGAAGAAAAAGAAGUGGAAAGAACGAGAAGGAAGUCUGUGCCUCCAUCCCGGUGUGACGCAUCAUUCCAUCAUCUCUCCAUCGUCUCCCCAUCCGUCCCCUCCUCCGCCACCGAGGAAAAGGAUGAUCUCUCCGUCUUCAGCCACAUCCCUCCAUCUUCACCUGGACACCUGGACUUGAUAAGGCUAGGGAAAAAAAACACAACCCCGUGUCUAGACAAGAUCUCCUUGGACUUUCUACUGGAACUUGGUUGGAUCUGUCAAGCGUGGACCUACACUUCAUACACUUAAAUCCCUUAGAGGAGUUCCAGGUUCUCUUAGACCAGGACCAGUAGACUAAGAAGAGUGGCUGGCGGAAGAACAAUGGACAAAAGCAUGCGUCCUCACGUUCCCUGUAAUGGCUGAGUGUCCUACUUGGAUCGUACUGAAAAUACCAUUCACAGGGUUGUGUUGAACACCAAACACACAGACACAAAGCUGCAGAGAUCAUCCAACUCUUCCUGGAGCGAAUGUCCUGUCUGAGGCUCCAGCCUGUGACCAUCCCAAUGGAUACUGUCAAGAUCAUCCAGUCGGAGAAAUUCCCAAGGGAGUGCCCUGUUCCUGUGACCCAGCCUCGCUUUGCACCUCCUCCCCGUGUAGCCUGGGAUGGAGGAGGUGAAGGUGAGGUCAUCGUCAACCAGGCCUGCGGUGAUAUCGGAGUUGAGGUGAACGGUAACACUCUGAUUAACCCACGUCCUCUGGCAUCGCCUCCAGCACCAGUCCUCCGUCGUGAAGCUAGCUUUUUAGCCCAUCGCAAGGCUAGCAACAGCGAAAUAUGCUACCACCAAUUCCACUACAAGAUGGAUGACGUGAUCGUGAACCAGUAUGUUCUGCGCUCGUCGUCUACCUCGUCCUCCUCGUCAUCUUCAACGUCUUCGGGGCCAGUGAUGCCAUGCGAACCACUGGAUUGCCCGACUUGCGGGCACACGUAUAACUUUGCAGGGAAGCGUCCGAGAAUCCUGUCCUGCCUGCACUCAGUGUGCGAGGAGUGCCUGCAGAUUCUGUACGAGUCCUGCCCCAAGUAUAAGUUCAUCUCUUGCCCCACGUGUCGCCGUGAGACCGUUCUCUUCACCGAUUACGGUUUGGCUGCGCUCGCCAUCAACACCAGCAUCCUGAGCCGCCUGCCAUCUGAGCCCGGAGGGACCGUACAAUGGGGAGGAGACGCCGACCGCAGCUGCUACCAAACGGUGCGCCAAUACUGCCAAUCGGCCUGCACGUGCCACAUCGCUAACCCGCUUUCCACUUGCGGCAUCAUGUAGACCUAGAUCGAAACCAGUCCACCAGGUGCCACUGUUCGAGCCAAAAUCCACAAAAAACACAAAUCCACAAAAACCAGUGACCCCAUGAGUCCAAAAAAAAAAUUCAACACUCUCUGUCUUACCCUGCCAAUGCAAAUAUUAUCUAUAGAUCUAUUUAGCGCAGACGGUUGAUGUCUGGACUUUUAAGAAGUGAAAGAGACACUUGUGCAAGGAGCCAAGAGAAAUGUUCUAUCAGAGUAAAUGUAUUUUAUGUACGGACUGAUUGAUUCCCUUUUCCCCUCCAAGUUCCUGUUUAUCUUGUUUGGAUGUGUUUGUCAUUGACAUCUCUUCACAUGGGAAUGCCAAGGGAGACAUUGUCUCCCACCCACCCUCAACCCCCCACUCCUCUCCCUCCCCCCACCUUACUCCUGGGAAAAAAAUAAAGCAAAUAAAUGAAUCAAAUCAAAAUGGUUUGCUUCAAGUGAAAUUGAAACCUGUGGAUCGGUAACGCUUUAGCAAUGCAUGCCACAGCCUGGGUUUCAUGUCACAAAAAAAAAAAAACGUUAAGGCAAAAAAAAAAAACAAGACAAAAACAUCUAUCAAUACGAUUAUAUUAAAUCAGUUGCGAAUUUUACUGUACAUCUGUUGCACAUUAAACAAAUUACAGUCAAUUAGACAAAGCAAAUAUACAGGCUAUUUUAUAUAAAUACUAAAAAAAAAUCAUGACAUAUAGAACAUACAACAAGGAGCUGCACUGGUCCUUGAGAUUUUCACCGAAUUUAGCAGCACACAAUCGAAAAAAUACUUUUACAAUAUAAAAAUAUAAUAUAUUUACAUUUAUGGCAUAUUUAUCCAGACACCUUUAUCCAGAGUGACUUACAACUGAGCAGUUGAGGGUUAAGGGCCUUGCUCAAGGACCCAAGCUUGGUGAUGCUGAUCACAACCUUCCGAUCAAAAGUCCAACAUCUUGACCACUGAGCUCCCACAUCCCAAUAAAACAACACAUAAUAUAAUGUACACAUUGCUAUAUAUUGAAUUUUUCUCAAAUCCUGAGGAAUUUUCAUGAAGCUUCUUUGACCUACCUGAGUUUAUUUUUAUUAUGUAUUAUUUAUUUUUGUAUUAAACAAUAAUAGCUAUUUUUUUUGUGCAGCUUAUAAAAGAAUGAAAAAUGUAUUCCUUAGUAAUAAUGUACAAUAAAUGCAUCGGAAGUGCUUAGUUUAUUAUAAUGCAUCGAUCAUGCAUUAUUUAAUAUCUGGUAAAAUACUAUUUAGGGUUUAUGAGUGUAGUUCUGAAAUUAACAAGCUACAGUAUAAAGAGUGUGUAGCACAAGCCUGUGUCAUCUCCUGACCCCACCCAGGCUCGAAACCGUACUCAAGAAGAACAUGAUGUGAUCUGAAUGCUAUGCUGGAACACCUUUUUUGAAUUCAGACCACAUCAUUAACACCAGUUUAACAUCGUUUCUUGGAUAUCUUGCCCUUGAUUAAAAUUACUACAAAAUGAAUGUUAUACAUAAAAUUUGCAGGAAAUGUCAAUGAGCUUUGGUGCAUUAUUGUUGUUUCUCAUUUUUA